GCCCCGCGGGGCGGUGCCGGGAGCUCCCUGCCCGACAUGGCGGCGCGCGGCAGGUAGCGGGGGCGCGCGACCCGGCCCUGCCCGGUACCGGUACCGGCCCCGGCCCCGCCAUGCACUUCUCCAUCCCCGAGACCGAGACCCGCGCCGGCGACGGCGGCGCCGCCUACGUGGCCUAUAACAUCCAUGUGAAUGGGGUGUUGCACUGCCGGGUGCGCUACAGCCAACUUCUGGGGCUGCACGAGCAGCUAAGGAAGGAGUAUGGAGCUAACGUGGUGCCAGCCUUUCCCCGGAAGAAGAUCUUCACCCUCACCCCGGCAGAGGUGGAGCAGCGGCGGGAGCAGCUGGAGAAGUACAUGCAGGCUGUGCGGCAGGACCCAACGCUGGGAGGCAGCGAGACCUUCAACAGCUUCUUGCGCAAGGCCCAGCAGGAGACACAGCAGAUCCCCACAGAGGAGGUGGUGCUGGAAGUGAUGCUCUCCAAUGGCCAGAAGGUCAAGGUCACCAUCCUUACCUCAGACCAGACAGAGGAUGUUCUUGAGGCUGUGGCCUCCAAGCUGGAUCUGCCAGAUGACCUGGUCGGCUACUUCAGCCUCUUCCUAGUGAGAGAGACCAAGGAUGGAGCUUUCUCUUUUGUGCGGAAGCUGCAGGAGUUUGAGCUGCCGUAUGUGUCGGUCACCAGCCUGCACAACGCCGAGUUCAGGAUCAUCCUGCGCAAGAGCUACUGGGACUCCUCCUAUGAUGACGACGUGAUGGAGCAUCACGUGGGGCUGAACCUGCUGUAUGCGCAGACGGUGUCGGACAUCGAGCACAGAUGGAUCCUGGUCAACAAGGAGCAGCACCGGCAGCUGAAGUCCUUGCAGGAAAAAGUCUCCAAGAAGGAGUUCAUCCGCCUGGCACAGACCCUCAAGUACUACGGCUAUCUCAAGUUCGACCCCUGCGUUACCGACUUCCCCGAGAAGGGGUGUCACGUCGUCGUCAGCGCGGGCAACAACGAGCUCAACUUCCAGGUGCGGCUGCCCAACGAGCAGAUCAAGGAAGGCAGUUUCAAGGUCACACGCAUGCGGUGCUGGCGGGUCACCUCCUCGGUGCCAAUGAGCAAUGGCCUCGGGAGCAGCCCAGGAAAGUCUGAGGUGAAGCUGGAGUUGGCUUUCGAGUAUUUAAUGAGCAAGGACAGGCUGCAAUGGGUCACCAUCACCAGCCCACAGGCCAUCAUGCUGAGCAUCUGCCUGCAGUCCAUGGUGGAUGAGCUGAUGGUGAAAAAGUCUGGAGGCAGCAUCCGCAAGAUGUUCCGCCGGCGGGCAAAUGGGGCCCUGCGGCGCUCAGACAGUCAGCAAGCUGUGAAGUCCCCCCCGCUGCUGGACUCACCUGAUACCUCCCGGGAGCCGAUGGCCAAACUCUCGAGCAAGCUCACCUCCGUCAGCCUGCGUGGGAUCAGCCACUCCAGCUCCGCCAACGAGGUGGGCACCAAUGAUUUCCAUGGCAAUUACGCCUUCGAGGGCAUCGGAGAUGAAGACCUGUAGUGUCCCCCCCUCCCCCUGCCAACUCAUAGGGCAGCCCCCCAGGGGCCUUUGCUGAGGAAUGUACGACCUGCAGACAGGUUGCAAUCAACGUGCCUCUCACCUGCUACAUCCACCUCCCCCUGCUCCCCCUGGGCUGGGCAACUCGCCCCCAGCCCACCGUUGCCUUUGGGGUGGGGGCAGCUGAACGCCUCCUGCAGCUGGCUCCAGCUGGGAGAGGGGCUUGUUCCCCGGGCCAGCCCCAGCCCUGGAGCUGUGUCCUGGGGCCUGGCCCAGUGUGGGGGACGGAGCUGCCCCCUUCCUGGCCAGGAAGGUCUGGCCUGAGUGCCCAGCCGCCCUGGGGGGCUGGAGCGGCAGGCUGGUGGUAUCGAGCCGCCCUCCUGAGGCUCCAUAAAUGCCAAAUUAGCGUUUAGGUUUCUGCUCAGAGACAGACCACAGUAAACUGUCUCCAGGGGAGCCCUGUGCAGGGCCCCCUCUCUAACCUGCUCAUAGACUCCAGCGUAAUCUAGGCUUGUAACCACGUUAUCUCCUGCUGCUCAGACUGACCAGAGCAUUAAUGGACCGUAACCGAUGUUUACACACUGCAAUGAUGAUUAAAAUGGAUCCUGAUUGGUACUGG